AUGCUGCGCCUCGGAUCCUUCGCCGCCGCCGCCGCCCGAUGCCUGCUGGCGGGGUCCCGCCUCGGGCCGCUGGGCCUUGCUGGGAGCCGCGGCAGCUUCGCCCGGUCCUGGCUGCCGGCCGGUGACCGCGGUCCCCUGUCCCGGCAGGUGCGGGCGGCGGCGGGCGGCGAGAGGGUGCCGGUGCUGAAGACGCCGAAGGGCACCCGCGACCACCCGCCGGCGCAGGCGGCGCUCCGUGACCGGCUCCUGAGCGCCGUGGUGUCCUGCUUCAAGCGGCACGGGGCGGCCGCCAUCGACACCCCCGUGCUGGAGCUGCGGGAGACGCUGAUGGGGAAGUAUGGGGAGGAUACGAAGCUCAUCUACGAGCUGCAGGACCAGGGAGGGGAGCUGCUUGCCCUGCGCUACGACCUCACCGUGCCCUUUGCUCGCUACCUGGCCAUGAACAAGGUCACCAACAUGAAGCGCUACCACGUCGCCAAGGUGUACAGGAGGGACAACCCGGCCACAACCCGGGGCCGCUACCGCGAGUUCUACCAGUGCGACUUUGACAUCGCCGGGCAGUUUGACCCAAUGAUUCCUGAUGCCGAGUGCCUAAAGAUCGUGCAUGAGAUCCUGAGUGACCUACAGCUCGGGGACUUUGUCAUCAAGGUCAACGACCGUCGGAUUUUGAAUGGUGUGUUUGCUGUCUGUGGUGUUCCAGAGAGCAAGUUCAUACCUGCCUGCUCCACUGUGGACAAGCUGGACAAGAUGCCAUGGGAAGAAGUGAGGAGUGAGAUGGUGGGAGAGAAGGGGCUCUCUCCCGAGGCUGCGGAUCGCAUCGGGGAGUAUGUCCAGCUCCAUGGUGGGCUGGACCUGAUCGAGCGGCUUCUCCAGGAUCCCAAGCUGUCCCAGAACAAGCUGGCCAAGGAAGGGCUGGGGGACAUGAAGCUGCUCUUUGAGUACCUGACCCUGUUUGGCAUCACAGGGAAGAUCUCCUUCGACCUGAGCCUGGCACGGGGCCUGGACUAUUACACAGGGGUGAUCUUUGAGGCUGUGCUGCUGCAGCAGGAGAACGAGCACGUGGAGGAGCCGGUCAGCGUUGGGAGCGUGGCUGGAGGCGGCCGCUACGACGGGCUGGUGGGGAUGUUUGAUCCCAAGGGCAGGAAGGUGCCCUGUGUGGGGGUCAGCAUUGGGAUCGAGCGGAUCUUCUCCAUCCUGGAACAGAGACUGGAGGCUUCUGGGGAGAAACUUCGAACAACUGAGACCCAAGUGCUGGUGGCUACACCACAGAAACACCUGCUUGCUGCCAGACUGAAGCUCAUCUCUGAGCUGUGGGAUGCAGGGAUCAAGGCAGAGAUGCUGUACAAGAAGGAUCCUAAAUUGCUGAAGCAGCUGCAGUACUGUGAGGACACAGGGAUCCCCCUUGCUGCCAUUGUGGGAGAGCAGGAGCUGGCAAACGGAGUGGUCAAGCUGCGAGAUGUUGCAACAAGAGAGGAGGUUGAUAUCCCCAGAGGAAAGCUUAUUGAUGAGAUCAGGAGAAGGCUGGUGGAGCCCUGAGGACUUUUCUGGCUGGAGCUGCUUGGCUGAACUGCUGCACAACUGGAACCCUCCUGCAGCACCUCAGCCAUUCACUGC